UAGGUUCUAUUUUCAUGGACUCUGCCGAAGAUAUCUUCGAUUCAUCGCUAAAUCUUGAAGAAACCCAUUACCAGGGAGGUUACAAAGAAGGUUUCAACCACGGCAUAACCACCGGCAAGGAAGAGGGAAAGGAAGUAGGUCUUAAAACGGGGUUCGAAACAGGCGAAGAGCUCGGUUUCUACAAGGGCUGUGUCGAUGUGUGGAAUUCCGCCAUCCAAGUCGAUCCGACCCAGUUCUCUGCUCGGAUUAAAAAAAACAUCAAGCAGAUGCAGGAAUUAAUCCAAAAGUACCCUGUUAUGGAUCCAGAAAACGAAAGCGUACAAGAAAUAAUGGAAGCUUUGAGGCUCAAGUUUAGGGCUAUCUGUGCUGGGUUGGGCUGGAAUCUUAAGCAAGUAGAAAGAGGAGGAGAAGCAAAGAUGUUGAACAAGAUGCUGGCUUGUGGCAAGGUAUACAUUUCUGAAAGCCGAAAUAGGGCAGCUUUGGAGUCGAUUGAAAGAGCUGCCAAGCUAUUCCCCGAGGCUGCUAUUGUGAGUAAGUUCAUAGAUGUGGCAUACAAUAGAGUUGGGUAUACGAUUGUUUCGAGAUUGACUCCAAAACCAUCUCAAGAUUCAUGUCCUUUGAAAGAUACAGUGUUUGCCAUUGUUAAGUCUGCUUUGGAAACCAUAGACUUUGAGUUGCAUUCCGGAACUCAUCCUCGACUUGGAGUUGUUGAUCAUAUAUGUUUUCACCCCUUGGCACAUACUUCCUUGGACCAGGCAGCUCUGAUUGCAAAGUCAUUGGCAGCCGAUAUAGGCUCUAAACUUGAAGUACCUACAUUUCUUUAUGGGGCUGCUAAUGAGAUGGGAAGGUUGCUUGAUUCUAUCAGAAGAGAACUUGGUUAUUUCAAGCCUAACUCGGGCAGUAUUCUGUGGUCCGGAGGGCCUAAAUCAGGGUCCUUGCCACUGAAGCCUGAUGCAGGUCCAGCUCAAGCAUCUCCAGCAAAAGGUGUUAUUCUAAUUGGAGCCACCCAUUGGGUUGCUAACUACAAUGUCCCUGUGUUGUCAACUGAUAUUGCGGCUGUUCGUAGAAUUGCGUCGAAAGUGAGUGAGAGAGGCGGUGGACUUCCUUCAGUGCAAGCGAUGGGGCUUGCACAUAGUGAUGGUGUUACUGAGGUGGCUUGUAAUUUGCUGGAACCAAGUGAAGUGGGAGGAGAUAGAGUUCAGGUUGAAGUUGAGAGGCUUGCAAAGGAAGAGGGUUUGCUUGUAGGGGAGGGGUAUUUCACCGAUCUUACACCGGACCAGAUUAUCGAAAGGUACAUGAAGUUGAGUUCUCAUUAAUGGAUGAAAUGUGAUCUUGGAUGCAUUAUUUGUUCUAUUCAUGUAUCUCAGUUUUUACUGC